AUGCUGUUGAAGAUAAAGUUCACCCAGCACCGGCGGGUGCACCUGGCCCAGGGCCUGUGGCUGCUGUCCUGGAUGGCAGUGAUGUGGGGGGUCAUAAUCUUUUGUCUGGGGGUUUACCUUAAGACAGAGCUGCUCCGUAGGGCCGAGGUGAUGGACAACACAGAGAUCCACGUGGUGCCCAACAUCCUGAUGAUGGUGGGCCUGGCCUCCAUCGGCACCAACUGGGUUGCCACUCGCGCGUGUCAGGACUCCUUGGACUCAACCCGCUUCCCACGUUGGAAAGUUUUCCUGCUGGCUUGGUUUGCUGUAGCUGCAGUGCUCUGUUGUUUGCUCAUUGCUGUUGUGGUGCUCAGCUACGCCCUGCAGGGAAGCCUGGAGGAGUCCCUGAAGGUGGGCCUGAGGAAUGGUAUUCGGUUCUACAAGGACACAGAUGUGCCAGGCCGCUGUUUUCAGAAAGAGACCAUUGAUCGUCUGCAGAUGGAGUUUCGCUGUUGUGGGAACAGCAACUUCAAGGAUUGGUUUGAAGUUCAGUGGGUCAGCAACAGAUACCUAGACUUCACCUCCAAGGACGUCAAGGAUCGUAUCCGGAGUAACGUGGACGGCCGUUACCUGUUGGAUGGCGUUCCUUUCAGCUGUUGUAACCCCGCCUCCCCUCGCCCCUGCCUGCAGCUGCAACUGACCGAUAACAGCGCCCACUACAACUACGAGUACCAAUCAGAGGAACUCAACCUGUACAGCCGCGGCUGUAGGCAGGCCCUGACUGAUUACUUCAUGGAGCUGAUGAACUCAACUGGUCCUGGUGUGCUGUCAGUCAUGUUAAUACAGUUGUCAGUAUGUCUGAGCCUGCGGUACCUGCAGACAGCCGUGGAAGGAGCCAUGGCUCUGGAGGACCCAGAGGGCGACAGUGAGGGUUAUCUCCUGGAAAAGGGUGUGAAGGAAACCAUUGAGGACCUCAAAGCCAAUGCCCUGAAGAUGCUAAAGUUUGGGCAGGUUGACCCCAACGCCGCCGAAGGGUCCUCUGAGGCUGCAGAUGCCGAGAAAGCUGAGAAGACUGCGUCCCCUACUCCUGCCAGUUAG